GAAAAUGGUUGGCCCGUUACUACUCGUGCCGCGCCUCCAACUGCCAACGUCACACGGGCGCUGGAACUCCACUAAGAAGUGUGUGUGAUGGUGUUGUGGUCCAUGCCGCCGACACCUCUUUCGCUCCCUGCGUGUUAUCUCGUGUAGAAGAUCACCAGGGAGAGCUCACCACGCAUGGAGUUGAGCUCGGAGCGUGUGGUGGUAACACUGGAGAUGUCGCAGACCAAGAGCAAAGACGAUGAGCCUUUCGACGGUGUCGGGGACUACGAGAGCUUGCCACCUCAUGUCUCAGUGACGACCCACAUGACAGCCGGAGCCGUGGCUGGCAUACUGGAGCACACCGUGAUGUACCCGGUGGACUCAGUCAAGGUAACGUACACAGAGGGCAGCCUAGCAGCGAGUCUCACUUGUUUUCUUUUCUCGUGCAAGUACAGGCUAAAAAAACGGCUGCUAACUGCUGUGAGAGUGGCUGCUACUGCUGCCUGCUAACACACGUUAGCUUUAAAAUGUUGAAGCUGCCCAUCCACAGUUAGCCUUUAGCUCCUCUCUGCACGACAGUUUCAGGUACACUCAACAAACUAGUUCAGCUGGCUCGCUUGAAUUAAAAUGGAAAAAGAAAUGCCUCGUUUUAGCAUAACAGAGAGAGUAGUUGUACUUCUAUUCUUGUUUUGAAUAACUAUUAACUCCGCUAACAUGGUAACCUUACUUUAACCUGAAUUAACCCACAUUAAGUCAGAUAUUAGCAGGGUUGGGGUGGAAAAAGUUUGUUAUUUCACUCUUGGGCUCGUUUUUUAAUCGUGUCCCGGUUUUUUCCCUCAACCACAACGUUUUUUUCUUUAUACAAGGAAACAAAAUGAGUUAUUUAGACUGACGUAGGGUGAGUGAAGGUCAAGUAACAGGCUCGACUGUAAAUUAUGUCAAAGGACCUUAUCAUUCAACACUAGACAUGCUACCAUGAUAUGACAGCAACUCUAACAAGAAAUAACAUUAUUUUUUAUAAAAGUGAUUUGAUGUUAAAAAGAAUGGGCUAAGUUGCAUUUAAUCUUCAUUAUAAUUAAGUACUGUACACCUUUGGGUUGUUAAUUUCCAAUGAAAAGUAUAAGAUGUUCCUUUAUUAGUCCCACAGGGGGAAAUUCCAAAAUUACAGCAGCAUAGUACAGAUACAAAAAGACAAAGAUUAAAACAUAAAACCAGUUUGAUGUUAAAAAGAAUGGGCUAAGUUGUAUUUAAUCUUCAUUAUAAUUGAGUACUGUACAACUUUGGGCUGUUAAUUUCCAAUGAAAAGUAUAAGAUGUUUCUUUAUUAGUUCCACAGGGGGGAAAUUCCAAAAUCACAACAGCAUAGUGUAGAUACAAAAAGACAAAAAUUAAAAGAUAAAGAAACUUGAGUUAAAACAAGAUAUAUUAUAUUUACAUUUGUACAGAAUUUACAUAAUGGAUUUAUAUCACUUUGUAUCACAUUAAAACUCCCAUUAAGAGUUUUUAACUUGUCACAAAACAGAUGGAAAUUAAUACUGAUGCCUCCGCAUGACCUACAAAUGUAAACAGUUCCGUUAAGUGUAAAGAGUGACUAUUUAAAUUGGAUUAUUAUAAUGUCUAAAACUGCUGCCAGGGGUAGGAGUCAGAUAAGGUCACUUACUGCAUACUGCUAAAACAGCCCUUUGGAGUUACCAGUACAUUUUCGAUAGCAGUGGUUCUUAGUGACUGAUACAUUUCUCUCUUAAAAUAAAGGAAGGUAAAUUUAUUUAAAAAAAAUACUAUUGGAGAUAAGAGGUACUGCUUUGUUCACACAGGGUGAAAACAAUUACACAAACUGAAACUGAAAUUCCUUCACAAGGAUCAAAAGAUGAAAUGAACUAUUACAAGUAAAGACAUGUUGUAUUCAUUAGGUUUGAUUUAACUGUACUGUAAAUGCUCACAUCACAUACUUGAACAACAAAAUGCAGCUUAACAUCCAACUACAUCCUAUAACAAUAGUUAACAGUAAAAAUAAAAUGUUCAUAGCUUAAUGUGGGUACAAGGAAUUGUUUAAUUUCCUCUCUGUAACCUCAAUUUAUCACACUUUGGAGUCAGUAGAUUAAUAAACUUUGUUUCAUGGACAUUAAUGAACAAAGAAUCUGUUCAAUGUUACAGUCGUGUGUUGAGGAAAAUUUUCCAGUUGCAGAGACAAGCUAAUGCACAAGCAGCUUUAUGCAUAACUGAACAAGCAAAGGGCUCAAGUGGUUUGAUGUCAUUCAUACAUUCAAAAUUAAGUCUCGAUUGUUGGACCAGCCUUUGUGAUAUAAACACGACACGGAUCACAUGAAAUCUGACUCACUGAAACCUCCCCAUGCUGCAGCUCUCUUAGUGUGAAUAACUGCUCUUGGGCAGGUUGAAAAACACAAACUUUAGCAUACAUUUUAUCUAAAAAUUUAAACCUAGAAGCUCAACAACUUAAUGUUACAACUUACAAACUACAUUUGUAACUCCAGAGCAAAUUGCAAACGGUUAAAGUGAUUGUGAACUUUACCCCUUCAAUCCUCCUCUUCUGCUCUGCCUUUGUUCUCUAACAAUGCAGGGCUGUUUUAAAAAAUUUGGCCUGCCUUAACACUUUCAAUAAUCUUGAGGUGACACUGACAACUCCAUUAACACACCUCACAAGAAAGUGAUUAUAUUGUUCUUACUGCUGUGUCACAGUCUCCGAAGUCAUCUUUCCAAACCAACACCUGUCCCUGUAUUACUCAAACCAUUGUUUCCACUUCCUCUUGAGUUUUCUUAGUUUUCACAAGCACCAUCCAUUCAGUGCGAUCGGUGCAUGUCUGGAAUUGACAAAGAAGGCGUUGUGAAAUGUCAAACAAUGUAAUUGAAGAAAGAAUGAAUGUGGUUCCCAUUUCAGACCAGCUUCAGUGUACAGAGUUGAAAAAAACAAACGUAAAUGUCAGACUUGAUUGCAUUUAUUUCUAUUUAAGGGAGAGAACAGCAUGUUCAGUUAAUAAAUAAAAUUGUGUCUCUGCUUAGAUCAAGUGGACUCAGUUUUUCUAACCUCCUGAUUUUCUGUGUGCUUCAAUCCCUGAGUAAAUACGCAAAGCCGCCUUUAGUCAGGGAGUAGUCUGAUGUUAGGAGGGGGAUCUUAUCGCUUCUACACACACUUGGAAUCAGCCUCACACAGUGAAGGGUGUGUGUAGGCAGUCGUUCCCCUGCUGUGUUGAUUAGUAAACGGCCACAGCACCAGAGCUAAGAUGUUCCUUUAAAAUUACGAGAUUUUACAAGAAAGGUGUGGCGCAGGCCGGAGAAGAUUAUCAGAGCGUUUUAAUGCAGACACCACUGUUGGGAUCUACAAGGAAAAAACGACGGGGCGAAGUCUUUUGAGGACAGAAAGAUAAACUAAUCUGUGUGCUUUUAACUAUACCGCGAAUUUAUGAUUCAAUAUGUCUUCUUAUGUUUGGAUGCAUUAAAUUUACUCACAGGUUUAUUUCUUAUCAGAUCUGGAUAUAUUCUGAAGGAGUGUUGUUAGCUUAGCUUUUGUAAACUUAAACUUCUUGAUCUAUAUUUUGCUUUUUUUAAGACAUGAUCACGAUUUAAGAAAUGAACAAAUUAUUUUGCAUGCUCAAAUCUAGUGCUUUUGAUAGUCAUUAACAGAUGAACCAUUGCAUCACAUUUAGGAUUUUUUUCUUUUUUAAUGGGACAGUAUGCAUUACAGAACAUUUACAUGUUAAAUGUAAAUGGUUCAUUUCCAUCCCCCAGUUCCAUGAGCAGAUUUGGUUGCAAUAUAUAAAAACAAAAAAAAACAUCAAUAAUAGGAGCAUAUCGGCAACAAUCCAGAUGACAUACAAACUACAUUACAAACUGUGAUAAUAGCCUCAAAUCUGUUUUUCUCUGUAAGAAAACCACUGAUGUAAGAACAUUAGGGAUUAAAAUCAGACAAUAUAAUCAAACAAGAGUCCUUUAAUAUUUUAUAGUGUGAAGAGAAACCAGUUUCUUUGACAGAAAAGUGUGUGUUUUCUAAAUCUAUAACCACAGUUUUUCUUUUACUUUAACUCAGUUGAGGUGUUAAUCAUUUACUGUAAGUUAACAGUCUGUUUUCUUUUUUCAGAUUCUUUAUUUUCAGUGGUUAAACUUGGAGCAUCGGUUUCUUAUUUGCCAUGUACUGGCGGUGCUUAGGUUGGCUCUUAUGUCACUGUAAAGAGGACAGUCCCACAGUUGAACCCUCUUUCAGCACUAUUUUGAAAGCCAAGAAUUUUUAAAGAAUAAACUGAUAUAACUUGUACUUAAACCUCUUUGUCUAUUGAGUGGCCUAAAUACAAACAAAAUCAGGUUUGGUCUCCCUGUUACCGAUGUGAUUUGCGGUGCCUAAAUCCACUCUCUGAAACUUCAAAUGUAAACUGUCGUACCAAACUUUUGUGUGCCCAAAGUUUCCAAAUCUGUAUCAAACGGAAAUGUGACAGAUAUUUUAUUGUUAAUCCAAAGGAAGGAAACAUGGGAACUUGCUGAGGAAGAUAGACUCAGCCUAUCUCCUGAAGCAGCCCCAGAUCUCUUCAUAAAUAAAAACAUGCUUUGUGGUGUGCAGAUAACUUGGCAUGGUGGAGUUAAACAAAGGGCUGCCACAGCCUCCCACGCCAGCCUUGGGAGAGACACGCAUCACUCAGUCAGGAUCUCAGCGCUGCCAAGAACACUUACUGUCAGAACAAUGUGACAGCGAACAAUACAGCCAGAAAGAGUGAUUAAACCAGGUGCCCACUUUAGAGCCACUCGGAGUCACGUGGAUUCUCUGACCACUGUCAAGUCUAACCAGAAUGAAGCAAAGGAUGAACAAGUUUAAAUGAAUGUCCUUUAUUUUCAGACAAGGAUGCAGUGCCUGCAGCCGGACCCAAACGCUCAGUACAGGAGUGUGUAUGAAGCUCUGAAAAGGAUCGUCCGCACAGAGGGAGUCUUCAGACCUCUAAGGGGCCUGAAUAUCACCAUGAUGGGAGCAGGACCGGCUCAUGCGCUCUACUUCGCCUGUUACGAACGGGUCAAACGCUCGCUGAGUGACGUCAUUCAGAGUGGAGGCAACAGCCAUUUAGCAAAUGGUACUAGUUCCCACGUUUUUCACUUGGUAGUCACUUUGAACACUUUUACAUCAAGCCAAGAACCGUGGCCUGGAGGAGUACAGUUUGGAUUAGUCCUUUCUGAAGCCAUAUCCUGUUUACAAUGGCAAAGAAUAAGGCACGUUCCAAACGUGGAAAAUUUCAAUGGUUAUCUGGGAUGGGAAGAUACAUGGAAGAGGUUUUUUUUAACAUUGAAACACAAGGAAAUUACAGCUAAUUUAAGUCAAACCCGGAUGAUUAACGGCGCCUAUCCAGGACAGAUGAAUUUGGUAUUUAUUUUGUUUUUUAUACCUUUGACAGGUGUGGCAGGCAGUGUGGCCACUGUUCUUCAUGAUGCUGUCAUGAAUCCAGCUGAAGGUAAGAAAUACACACCUUGUUUUCCUACAGGAUUAAAGGUGGGGUAGGUAGGAAUCCGUUCAGGGAGCAGCCUUUUUUGUGGUGUAUAUACACAAAAGCUUUUAAUAUCAGUUAAUAGCCAGUAGUUAUUGAUGACAUUUGGUAAUAUCACGAUAUCGCUGUGUUUUGUUAUGUCUGUGUAGUCAACAUUUUUAAAUUUUUGAGCGUCUUUCUGACUGUAAACAAAGCCAUUACCCGCCUCCCCCAACCUGAUUAGUUGUAAGGCACGCCCUACUUCCUUGUGCUGAUUGAUUGUGAGGCAGACGCUGCUCCCCCGUGUCGUUCACGAGCCCAAACAAAGUUAGUGUGCUACAAUGUCGGACAGUAGAAACCAACCAGAAAGUUCGGAAAAUUGUCUGAAUCCUCCUUUGGCCACGACUGCCAACACAAGAAAGAAGUGAAUACUGGAGACUCUGGCAGAAUAACAGGUGCUUAAGAAGGGGAGUCAACAUCAAUGAAGCAUAAACGCUUUAGGAUCUUACGGACCCUGUAACCUUUCUGCUGGACAGGUAAACCAAAGAGACUUUCUGCGUGUUGUAGCGCCACUAAACUGUUGACCUCAGGCCAUGGACUAUGUCACUUUAUCCUAGUUGUAGAAGUCCUGCAAACAUUGUGUUUGCUGGUAGUUUGUUGGCAUCUACAGUAGCACCAAUGCUUUUUACUUUCACGUUGACUGGUCCCCAUUUGUAAGUAUUUAUUUGCAUGAUAUUUGAAUUUAAUUGAAAUGAUACGGGCGAGCAGGAGCGUCUGUUUGUGGGCGGGGCUUGCUGGAACAGAGAGUGAGGGGAGAGGAGGAGCUGAGGGGAAAACUGGUUGGGAGGGGAAGUGUUUACAUUCAAGGUUUCUCCCAAAUACUGGCACUUCCUCAGAUCCUGCCUACCCCACCUUUUAAUACACUGGUGUUACGUGUACAUUUGUCAACAAAUGUAGGAAACCAACCAUGAGCGCAUGUUGGAAGAUGAGUAUCUUGUCCAAUUUGAAAUCAAAACCAAUACUCAAAUCGGGCUGUACAUCGGGGUGAUGAGCUGUUUAAAUAGAAAAUGGAGCUGAUACCUUUUUAAGCUAAACACUUUUCCCCGCAUUGAACCAGAGUAAAUUAUUUCAUACUGAGCGGGCAUGAAUAUGUCUUCUUAAAACACGGGUACCAUAACACCCUAAUUGUCGACCAUUUGCUCGCUCUGUAGUUUACCUGCCGACCUCUUUCUCUUUGAGUCAGCUGCUACCUGCUGGUAGGCCGCAAGCAUUACAUGUCACUUAAUUGUCACAUCUCCUGUUCUGCCAGCUUGACAGACUGAGCUCUGUCACUGUCUCCUAUGUUUGAUUUGAUGGUGGAACAACAGUACAUCUACAUCUAUGUUUGUGCUUUCUAAUGUCAGUGUCAAGACUGAAUACUGGGUAAAUGCCAUUUUUUUACCAAUAACUAUUACACAAAUGAUUUAUUAUGAAUGUUAGUUAUAAUGUGACUUAGUUCCAUAUCUAUUUUUAGAUUUUAGCUAUAUAAAUGGGCAGGGUUGGGACGAUAUGCUUUUCUCCCGAUUCGAUUCUUCUACGUUUUUUUGGAUGCUGAUUCGAUUUAAAUUGCGAUUCUACAAUAUUGUCGAUUUUCUCGAUUUUUAGUCUGCAUUUUUAACAUCAGUGAAACAGUUGAAUGAUUGUGAUUGUUUAAUGACUAUCUCAGGAACCAUAUUUCCCCAAAAAAUACAUAUUACAUGUGGGUCAGUUUUUAAGAUUUAUUCUUAAAUUUAAAAAAAAAUGUAUUUUUGAACAUAAAAAUUGUAAAUCAAAAAAUUGCGAUACUUAUGUAAAUCGAUUUUUUUCUCCCACCCCUAGCCACGGAUACGCAGCACUUCUUUUGGUCUUUUCCUUUCACUCGUAUACAAAGAUAAUGGAAAAUAAAACUGUAUAGUACUCAUAUUUAUAUAAAAGUGAAUAAAGACGUUCAUGAUAAAGUAUGCAAACAUGGCUUUUUGUUCCUUUCCUCAGUGAUAAAGCAGAGGAUGCAGAUGUACAACUCUCCAUAUCGAGGACUUAUGGACUGUAUUCAGACAGUAACUCGUACCGAGGGUGUCGGAGCUUUCUACCGCAGCUACAGCACGCAGCUGACCAUGAACAUCCCCUUCCAGGCUGUUCACUUCAUCACAUACGAGCUGAUGCAGGAACAGCUAAACCCCCACAGACAUUACCACCCGGGUAGCCACAUCGUGUCAGGAGCGGCCGCAGGAGCCGUUUCCGCAGCAAUAACUACCCCUCUCGACGUUUGUAAGACUUUGCUCAACACACAGGAGAACGUGGCGCUCAGCUCCAUGAACAUCAGCGGACACUUAACAGGGAUGGCGAACGCUUUCAGGACAGUGUACCGGCUCGGAGGUAUGGCAGCGUUCUUUAAAGGGGUCCAAGCUAGGGUGAUUUACCAGAUGCCCUCUACUGCCAUCGCUUGGUCCGUGUACGAGUUCUUCAAGUACUUCCUGACGAAACAGCAGCUGGAAUCCGACACAGGACCAGGACCCAUGUAGCAGAAAAUACGUCUGGAAGAAAAACCACACCAUGAGUAAAACUGAUGAAAGCCCAUCUGAGGAGGAACCAUCGUUGUCUUUCUCACAGGGAAGUCGUCUUUAUGGAGGCUCGGUGCGGCACUCCUUAUUAUACAAGUGUGUAUGCGUGUAAACACAAAGUUGCACAACAAGAAUAUGCAUCAGAUCGAAGAAGGACAGAUACAUGUUGAAGGAUUACAUGGUCCUCUUCCUCCUUCCUCUCCCACUCCACUCCACAAACACAUCAACUCUCCAAACCACUCUCUUGUUUUUCGGUAUAAUUAAGUUGUCUUGAAAUAUGUUUAUAGUUCUUAAUAUUUGAGCUUUUUAUUUAUUUUGUCAGCUUUUUCAAGGCUCGCGUUUUUACGGCUGCGGAAGACUAACGGCGCUGUUUGUUUGUUUUAUUUCGUCGUGUAUUUAUAAAGAAAAAAAACAGAAACACAUUCCUUUCAUUAACUCUACAGCCAGAGAAACAGUUGCUCUUUCCAAGUGCCUCAUAAAUACUAAAUACUUACAGCUGCUUCACAUUGAUUUCUUCUUUUUGCUUUUUGUUUUUUUUUUAGAGAAAAAUAAAAGGAGGCAUUAUUUUUCUGUUUUUUUUUUUAUUACAGUCAUGUGUUCAAGUAAACUUGUUGAUCUGAGUGCUGUCUUUAAUUGCUAGCUCUGCACUAAAUGUUCAAAGCAAAAAAUCUGCUGCAGCUCUGUUUUUUAUUUUUUUUUAAAUGAUGUUUUUGGCUUUAAGUUUCAUGUUUCUCUCCAUAAGAGUUAUUCUGUCACUCCCAGUAUCAAGAUGUGUGGUCCUAUUAUUUGCCUUGUACAGCGCAGCACUACCAUACAGCUGAAUCACGCACAAACGUAGUCUAAUUUAAAGAAUCGAACCUGUUGCAGGAAGACGGCAGCUUGUUUAUAUGUGUUCAAAAACAGAGUAUACAGUUUAUUUUAAAAACGUAAUGAUGCAGGUCCAAAGGUGGAUCAAAAAGGAUGUUAUUUGUGAUAGUACAGCUUUUGAAUGGCCUGUGUCGUUUGUGUGAGUUAGAAUGACCUUUGACAUAAAGGUUGUAGAUUGUAUAUAGAUACUUUCAGAGUAUAAGUUGUAUAGAUACAGACUUUCUACAGUUUAAAAUGUAGAAACAAAAGUUUAGUUUUAUUCCGAAACUAUGAGAUCAAACCAUCUGCUCUGCAGGUUUUGCAGUUUGUCUCUUUUUCUCAUCCUGUUAUAGUUAACAUAUUUCCUGUGUGAUCUGCUCUCUGCAGCCUCUUUUUUUUAAAUUUUCCAUUCAGUAAUCAAGAAAUUCCUCCAGAUAUUGAUGUAAUCUCACAAGCAGCCACAUUUAUUUGCUUUUGAUUAUGGAGUUUUCAUUCCUUUGGUAGAACUCCGAGUCCAUCUGAUUCCGUUGGUCUCACAAACCGUUUAGUCACGGAUUCACUAUGCCUGUUGAGUAAUAGCUGAUCUACCAAAGACAUGCAUCAUGUGCUGUGCAUCUUACUCUCAACCUUUUGUCAUGAUGCUAUUUGCCUGUCAGCUGUGAAUUGUCAUUCCAUCUUUCUUUAUUUUGUACUGUUUUUUUAUGGCGGUAAAACGGUCCAAUCUUUUGGUUAUCUUGGCACAGUUUUAGAGGCUGGAUAUGACUCUGCUCCCUCAUUGUUUUCAAUAGCUCUAAAACUUUAUUAACUACUGAAGUACUUGAAAGAACACGACUAAAAGGUAACAGGAGCAGUUAGAAAACGAGGCGUUACUUGCGUUUUACCACCUCGACACUGAUACUCGUGGGAUUUAAAGAUAUGUACAGUAUAAAAAUAAUAUUAAUGCAAAAACACUGCUUACAUUUUCCUAGCUUUGCAAUUCACUCUCUGCUAGCACCACAUUAUUGUUAUUCUUGUAAGCAUAUUAUUUAUUUGGGGUGAAAGAUCCAUACAUUAACUGGCAUACUAACCAUGAUAUCACAGGUAUGUCCUGUAUGAAUCAGAAGAAUUCUAGUUAAAAGUGAAAAUUGUAUGUUAUUAGAUUAUUAUAUAGAUUAUUUAAGAACUUCUCUGUAAUCAAAAUUGAUUUGCUGAUCAGACAGCAUAUUAUCUAUAAGCUUUAAGGCAUUACAGAAUUGGAUUUCACAGAAACGGAUGUUGGUUUUGUUCAGCUUGACGAAAACAAAGCUGUUUUGUUACUGCAGACUCAUAUCACUGUGUUUUUCUAACUUCAUGAGGUUUAUAGACAAAACCCACUCUGGUGACUUUGAAGUGAAAAAAAAACAGAAAGAAGAAGUAGCAGGUCAGAAACGUUUCUGAUUUAUUGUGUUACACUUAAAGAUCCUCUGCUUGCUUUUCUUCAUCACUCCAUACAGAUCUAGAUCAUGAGUUACAACUCCCAAAUUGUGUCUGUGUAUUUUCCUACAUCAGAGCAGUAUUUCUAAUAAACGCUUACAUUUUGAAGGAGGCAGAAGAACUGUUAAAUCAUACGUGGGGUUAUACAAUGUGUAAAUAUUUUAAUGCUAUGUACGCACAAAUGAUAGAGGCUGAAGAUGGACUGAUAUUUUUUUGGCAAGUGCCAUCUAAGCAAUGCUUGGAAGUUCAACCAUGCAAAUAUGACAUGAUUGUGACAAUGCUGCUACAGUUUGUAACACUGGAGCUUGAAUAAACAUGCAAGUUAUGUACCCUC